CAAAGUGACAGGCCGAGCAGUGAGGCAUUUGUCUGACCUGGCGUUGGACACGUGUGGCGUCGAAAACAGAUGGAAUCUGCAGGAAAAGGCGUGGCAUACAUUGUUGCAGUGCUUGGUUGCGGAUACUGGCCUAUUUUCACGAAUGAAGAUGGUGCUAGGAAAGCCAAGUGAGGAUAAACGGCUUGCCGAUCCUUGCCCCGCUUCCUUUGUGCACGCGGCUGCGCCACAGCUGGAUAUUGGUCUCUCCCCUCAGACGUCAUGCGCACAUGCAAUGAAUAUCGACUUGACCUGAUCCGUGAUGCAUCCUGAUUUUCCUUCAGCUGGCGCACAAGCUUCUGCAGCGCGACACCCUCAUCCGCUCUACCAUCGGUACCUUGUUAGCUGGACAUCGAAACCUACCCCGCCAACAUGACGACGAAAAGUACGACCGACUUCGUCGAAUCAACUGACCCAGCCGGAGGGAAGUCCAAGGCCCAGAUCCUCACCGACGUCUUCUCUCUCGCGACCCAAUUCAGCACCUGUGUUGAGGCUUUCAACCUCAUCCAUCCCUCAAAAGAUCAGGACCAUGCGCAAAAGGUUGUGCUUGCGAAACUUGGCCUACAGCAGGGCAGGUUGCUGAUCUUUGGCGAUGCCGUGGGUAUAACUGCGCCACCUGCGACAAUUGCACGACACAUGAUACCCAGCCAUCCUGGCAUCACAAAUCCAGAUCCACAUGUGCCUGUACACUUUGGCGUCAGAGAUUCGAGGCUUGACGAGGAGGUCAUCAAUGCGAAAGUCCGCAGGGCGCUCCAUGAGAUUGCGGGACGCCCAAGUAGCAUGUCGCGAGACGAACUGAUGAAUGUUUACGGCUUGAAGAGUCCAAAGACUUUCUCGCGCCUCGAAUAUCCAGCACUAGACACGAACCGAUUAGAAGGCUUCCGCGAGAAGUACACCCUGCUGAAGGAUCUCCUAAAUCAGACAGGUGCGCGAGCCAGUCUAAAGCGCAACCUCAGCAUGACGACCUCCCAUUGGACGGUCAAGGACACCACACGCUUCAGCGAGUACGUCAAAGUUGUACGCACCGAAGUCGAUGCUCUCAUCGAUCUCAUGGGCGUGAAAGAGCAGGUUGACCGUGGAAUUCGUUCCGAUCUCAAGAGCAUGGGGUGGCACCCAGACCUGACAGGUCCAGCAGUGCGACAGGAUUGGGAGAAACUGCGUUUGAUUCGCGAAGCCUGUGUAGUCGACUAUCCAGAGUACAUUGAAGUCAUCGACAAAGCCAUGCAGUACAUCAGCGAAGAAGUCAAAGAAUCAAAUCUUGCUCGAAAUCGCGCUGUGUUAGGCCUCUCAGAACCUAACAUGGACGCAGCAGGUGCGCGCCGGAAGUCAGACUACGACAUCCGCUCAGCGCCUGCGCCUGCGCCCGUGCCUACACCCACCGCCGGAUCCAAACCUUCCAAACCGGAAGCAAAAUCUCAUAUCCAACUUGCCGCUGAACGCGCCCUAAAUCCAAAUGCAGGCAAAGAAAAGCGCCCAGGCUGGCUCUCGGCCUUCAAAUUCAAGUCCUGGUCCAAGAGCAGCAAAACUGCACAUGAGAAGCAGCGCUCAAACAGUGUUCCACACACACCAACUGUAGACCCCCAACGCUCCCUCUCCGCAGGCGAAGCACCAAACCAAACCUCAGAAGAUUCCAACACUCUCCAGGCCGUGCGGUCCAAGUCGCUCAGCGCAAUACCCAGCGAUAGCACGCCACAGCCCCCACCAUCAAAUCUCGACUCUCGCGUCCGCAAGCUCAGCCUUGACCACGGAGACAUGGCGAAUAUUCCUCCCAUCCAAGAAAACGGUGGUGAAGUAACUAGUUUCCCUGAAAGAAAUGGACUGCCCGAUUUCGAUGCCGAUAUGGAUAAGAACGCACUAGUGCAGGUUGAUACAGCGAAGAGCGAGGGAAGCAAAGAUGGGUUGGAGAAUAUCAAGACGGCAAAUAGUUAUAUCGAUCGGCAUGAUAUGUAUCCUGCUGUGGGACGAAUUGAGACAAAGGACAUCAGGAACUUUGCGCAUGCGCCGGGAUUAUAAGGCUGUUUAGUGGGGGUGUUUAGAUUGUCUAGCGACUUCAAAGGAUAGUUGUGAAUUCGAAUAGCAUAGGUACGCCCACAGGAGAGGGUAUUAAUAUAGUUGUGUUGUAAUUUUGUAGCCAUUUCGAGGUCAAUCUGUAUAUACUCAUUGCGUUUGCAAAGCAUGGAGCCUGAGGUACUUGGUUAGUUUUGUGGUUACCACAGUUUCACGAUGGGUUGCUUGAUAUGUCAAAGCUCACUGAGUAUCUUCAGAAUGUCCAACGAAUCCUAAGGUCAUGAGCCAUUUUGUUAUACCUGUUCUACCAAAUAUGUCCCCUCCAUACCCGCAUGUGCGAUUCGGGACUUGAUGUGCACAAAGUUUAUUUCGCUGUAUUUGGCUGAUCAUCCUUAAGGACGACGUGAUCCCAUUGGAAAUCCGGAAGCA